CCUUUCCCCUCCAGUUUCUGGUGUCAUUUAUGAAGCAAGGUCCCUGUUGCUGAAGCUCAGUUUCGUUUUGUUGAAAGGAGUCUAGGCUGCACAGAGCCUUCCCUGCAGCCUCUGCUCGGUGCUGUCUCUGGCACUCUGGUCAGCAGAGCAGAGGGUGUACAGAGCAGCCAGCCCCCUCCUCCAGCAUCCUGGUCGUGCUCUGGCAGUCCUGGUCUUGUGGAAUUCCAAACAAUCCAGUCCUUUGGUGCUUUGGUUCCAUCAAAAGGGUCUCAACUUGACUUCAGAAGAGCAGUUUGGAGGAGGUACCAUGCAGGUACUGUGCCUGCUUUGCUGGGCUGUUCUCCUGAACCUGGUGCAAGCUUGUCCGGAAUCCUGUGAGUGUGGAGAGAAGUAUGGCUUCCAGAUUGCAGACUGUGCCUAUCGUGACCUAGAGGCUGUGCCACUAGGCUUCCCAGCCAAUGUGACCACACUGAGCCUGUCAGCCAACAAGCUGCCAGGCCUGCCGGAAGGAGCCUUCAGGGAAGUGCCUCUACUGCAGUCACUGUGGCUGGCACACAAUGAGAUCCGCUCGGUGGCUGCCGGUGCCCUGGCCCCUCUGGGUCACCUCAAGAGUCUGGACCUCAGCCACAACCUCAUCUCUGAGUUUGCCUGGAGCGACCUGCACAACCUCAGCGCUCUGCAGCUGCUCAAGAUGGACAGCAACGAGCUGGCCUCCAUCCCUCGGGACGCCUUCCGCAGCCUGCACGCCCUACGUUCUCUGCAGCUCAAUCACAACCGCCUGCACGCUUUGGCCGAGGGCACCUUUGCGCCACUCACCGCACUGUCCCACUUGCAGAUCAAUGACAACCCUUUUGACUGCACCUGUGGCAUUGUGUGGUUCAAGACAUGGGCCCUGGCCACGGCAGUGUCUAUUCCAGAGCAGGACAACAUUGCCUGUACUUCACCACACGUGCUGAAGGGCACCCCACUGCGACGCCUGCCACCCCUGCCCUGCUCAGCACCCUCAGUGCAGCUAAGCUACCAGCCCAGCCAGGACGGAGCUGAGCUGAGGCCUGGCUUUGUGCUGGCCCUCCAUUGUGACGUGGAUGGACAGCCGGCCCCCCAACUUCACUGGCAUAUCCACACCCCCGGUGGCACAGUGGAGAUCGCCAGUCCUAACGUAGGCGCUGAUGGACGUGCCCUACCUGGUGCCCUUGCAGCCAGCGGGCGGCCACGCUUCCAGGCCUUUGCCAACGGUAGUCUGCUUAUCCCUGACUUUGGCAAGCUUGAGGAGGGCACCUAUAGCUGUCUGGCUACCAACGAGCUAGGCAGUGCUGAGAGCUCUGUGAACGUGGCAUUGGCCACUCCAGGUGAGGGGGGGGAGGAUGUGCUGGGGCGCAGGUUUCAUGGCAAAGCAGUGGAGGGCAAGGGCUGCUACACAGUUGACAACGAGGUGCAGCCGUCUGGCCCCGAGGACAACGUGGUUAUCAUUUACCUCAGCCGUGCUGGGGCCCCAGAGGCUGCAACAGCAGCAGAAGGGAAGCCUGCACAGCCGCUCUCGGGCCUGCUUCUGCUGGGCCAAAGCUUGCUUGUUGUCUUCCUUGCCUGCUUCUAACCACACCCUUCCCAGCUGCUGGAGCAGCCCCAGGGCCUUCCUAACUCCUCCUGACCCUGCCAAUGUUCCUUCUAAGUACCAUGAGGUCUGGAGUUGGUGAGGCCUGAGGUUGGCCUGGGGACUUCACAUUUUCCUACCUCCCUUUCUAAUCUUUUCCAGGCCACUCAUUAUUCCAACUUGUAGAUCUGCUCAGAGCUAGCAACUAGCAUAGAACCUUAUCCCAGAACUCAUCGUCUCUGGUGCUGAUUGCUGCUAACAGCAUUGCCCAUGCUCCUAGCAAGGGCAGCAUGCUAACAGGGCAACAAUAAUGCCCUAACCCUGGCCCACUUUGAGAGUUCUGGCACUGAGGUAAGGAGCUUGGGAGGCCACCCAGGUGGGCACUGGGGCUGGGCUGGAAGGGAACCUGGAAGUGGCCGGUACAGGACCUGGAAAGGAGGUACUACAGGCAGGGGCUGGGAAGGCUAAAAGCUCUCCCUGUCUUCUUGAUGCCCUCUGGUGAAAUGUGGAAACUGUGGUUCGGCCUCCCUCUCCUCUCACCCCCAAUCCCACAGCCUGUGCCUGCCUCUUGAGAUACUUGCCCCUCCUUUAUUUCCAACUAUGCACCAGUAGCCUGACCCUCCAAAGAGGCUAGCCAGUCUGGGGUAGCAGAAAAAAAAAUAAACAGCAUUUCUUAUGCUC